GUUCCUUCUUCGAUCUGUCGCUUGAAUUGCGAACAUGCAUGGCCGCUUGCAAUGCAUCGUGCUCUUCCAUCUGAAUCAGAGUGCAGAAUGCGCGGAUCUUGCCAGCGUCGCCUCAGAGCUUCAUUAAUUGCUGCUUUGAGCGCGCGGCUGUUGUCGCAACAGCGCGCACACGCGGCAGCCUGGAUGGACAUACACGAUACAUGCAUUCACAAUUGCGACUCCAUCCUCGCACGACUGCAUGGACCUCGUAGCAUUCAUGUAUCCCAUGAUCAUCCUCUUCACUGUGAAUUGCCUCUUUACCUUCACAUCCACCAUGUAGGACUUGAGAUCAUGUCAACAAGUCACUCCUUCAUCGCUUGACCGUCGCUUGCCGCGAGGUGAACGCAACCCAUUUCUCCCGGCACCGCACGCAUGAACAAGCAAGUAGGCGCGGCGCCACUCACACCUUACUGCGAAUCAACCCCGCAUU